AUGGCAAAACAAAACACAGCUAUAUAUCAAAAGAUUGCCGAAAAGAGAGCUAAUUUGGAACUUCUACGAGAAUUCAAAACGUUAACCGACGAAUUGGCUAAUGAAUUGGAAAUAAUUGGUGAUCGUUUAGAAACGAUGAGAGAUGGGACAAGUAGUGUCGCGUUAAUCCUUUCAAACUGGCAACGAAUAAUCCAAUCUAUAUCAUUGGCAUCGCUAAGUUUGUUAAAGCUGACUAAUGAUGGACCAAAUGGAGUGGUUGAUCGAGACGCGUAUCCCGAACCUCUAAUCAGGAUAAAUUUAGAUGACAAUGAACAGGAGGGUGAAAUCGAUAAUGAGGACGAGGACGAGGGAUUAGAAGAGCGUGAAGAAGUUAGCUAA